CUUACCUGCAAGCAACGAGAAGGAGAAACUGUAGAACAAUAUAUUACAGAGCUUAAGAAUUUGGCUUUGGCGUGUGAGUUAAAAGAUUUGAAAGACAGCUUAGUAAAAGAUAUUUUAAUAUGUGGAUUACGAUGUCAAAUUAUGAGAGAGAGACUAUUGCAAGAAGAUCAUAAAGAUUUGGAAGAUGCUAUUAAACUUUGCAAUAACAUGGAAAAAAACGAGAGAGUGUAAUAAAGAAAUCAGUGGAGCUCAAGAUAAUCUACGGGUGUUGAUGCCAUAAGACGUUGGUCAGUUGCCAAACCAGCAAUGAAGUAUCCCAUCAAGAAGUACCAGUUCAAAGGCUACCAAAAGUUGAAAAUAAAGGUCAAAUGUACAAGAAGUGCCAAAAAUGCAAUCGAAGCCAUGAAUAUGGAAAAUGCCCUGCUUAUGGACAAAAAUGCAACAAAUGUGGGACAAUGAAUCACUUUGCUUCCUCAUGCAAAUUUAAAAGGGAUGGUAAAUUUUAUAAACAAAAUGUAAAUUCAGUAAUCGCUGUAAAUAAAACAAAUAAUAAUUUUUGAAUAAUUUUACCGAUGUUAAUUCUAGAUAUGAUUAUUAAAAUUUGAGUGAGACCUAGGAAUAGCAUAAUGAUUUUCUAUUUAUAGGUAGUAUCGAAACCUUGAGUGGUACAGAGGACAAUAAAGUCAUGGAAUCAUUAAAAUCAUUAAAAUCAAUGGUAAACAAGUAAUGGUCAAACUAGAUACAGGUGCUGUAGCCAAUAUCCUGCCUCUGGAAAACUUUUAAUAUUCGUGAACAGAAGUCUCCAUCUUGAGAAUAUUAAAUUCUAUGGAUUUGAUAUGGAUUACACUUUGGCAGAAUAUAAAUCCCCAGAAUAUGAAAAACUUGGAUUUGAUUUGGUUAAAGAGCACAUGGUGUCAAUUGGAUACCCUCAAGAAAUUUUAGAAUUUGAAUAUGACCCAACAUUUUCAGUCAGAGGUUUAUGGUUUGACACUCAUUACGGUAAUUUAUUGAAAGUAGAUGCCUACGGUAAUAUAUUGGUAGCAGUGCACGGAUUUGAAUUCAUAAAGCAUUCUCAUGUAUACCAAUUGUACCCAAAUAAGUUUUUGCAAUUGGACGAGUCAAGAAUUUACGUUCUUAAUACUUUGUUUAAUCUACCUGAAACAUAUUUGUUAGCUUGUUUGGUUGAUUUUUUUACAAAUUCGCCACAAUACACAAAAACCGAGACUGGGGUUAAGUGUGGCGAACUUUACAUGUCUUACAAAUCUAUUUUUCAAGAUGUUAGAAAUGCUGUGGAUUAUGUUCACAUACAAGGAGCUUUAAAAAAUAGAACUACAGAAAAUAUGGAAAAAUACGUUAAGAAGGAUGAUCGUCUUCCAAUGUUCUUAACAAGAUUAAGGGAAAGUGGAGCUAAAACAUUUUUGCUAACCAACAGUGAUUACAACUUCACCAACAAAAUUAUGACUUAUUUGUUUGAUUUUCCACAUGGAGCUAGACCGACCGAUCCUCACCGCAACUGGAAAACCUACUUCGAUAUAAUCGUAGUGGAUGCACGCAAACCUCUCUUCUUUGGUGAAGGCACAAUUCUGCGUCAAGUCGACACAAACACUGGCGCUCUAAGAGUGGGCAUCCACACUGGGCCCUUCCAAAGAGAGCACGUCUACUCCGGUGGUUCAUGCGAAGUGUUCACCAAGUUUAUCGGCGCCAAAGGUAAAGAUGUGCUCUACGUGGGCGAUCACAUUUUCGGCGACAUCUUGAAAAGCAAGAAAAUCAGGGGAUGGAGAACGUUUUUGAUUGUACCUGAGUUGGUCAGAGAGCUGCACGUCUGGACUGAUAAGUGCCAGCUGUUCAAUGAGCUGCAGACUCUGGAUGUUAAGCUUGGAGAAAUGUACAAGAAUUUGGAUAGUAGCACAAAAGAAAAGCCAGAUAUUUCAAGUAUAAGAGCUGCUAUUAGAGAUGUUACCCACAAAAUGGACAUGUCUUAUGGUAUGAUGGGAAGUCUUUUUAGAUCAGGAUCUAGGCAAACUUUCUUUUCAUCGCAGGUCGUAAGGUACGCCGAUUUGUACGCUGCCACUCAUCUGAAUCUGUUGUAUUAUCCGUUUUCGUACAUGUUCCGUGCUCCAGCAAUGCUGCUGCCUCACGAAUCUACCGUAGCACAUGAACAACAUUUCAUAACCGAGUAUCAAAUGGAAGCUAGCGAUGCUGAAGUAUCUCAAUCUAGAAGAGCUCCAAAGAUUUUGGAAAGAACAGCAAGUCAAAUUCCUCACGUAAGGCCGGAAACACCGUUGCAAGUAACGCAUAACCACGACGAAGAUUGUUCUGACGAAGACAGCGACGAUAAAAUCGCAGCGAAAAAUGAAGAGAAAAGCGCUUAAAUUACCUAAAACCGGUUUUUGAAACUAAUAGGUUUUCUUUAAACUUUUAAAUAAUAGUGAAUACAGCAGAGUUGCGUAACGUAACAAUUUUUUUAAAUUAUUUUUGUUUGCAAUUUUAAUAUGUUAUCGCACAAUACGAAAUAAUAUAGAAGUUUUAUAAUUUUAUAAAUUACAAUAGCCAUUUUUACAAAUAUUUUUAUAUGUAUUUGAAAAGUAAUUGUUUAAAUCUAGCAAUAAUUGUUACAUUAGAAUAGUUAUUAUUUAUUAAUAAAGUUAUACUAAAAACAAUGGUUUGAAUAAAAUCUAAAAAAAUUUAAUUCUUUUAUAUUUAGAUACUUUUAUAAUUUGAUCUUGUUGCCUAAAACAUCUCCACAAACCAUAAUUUAAUUCCCAUUCUUCAACAAAAAAAUUAUAGUAAGGAUACAAAAUUUGAU